AUGAAUGUGUCUAGUGAAAGCAGAAAUGCAGCUAGGGGCAAGAAGUGUGGACUCUUAACGCCAAAAAAUGUUCUCAGCAUAGGGGCAUGGAAUGUGCGGACCAUGUAUGAGACAGCACAAGUUGUCAAUGAGAUGAGAAGGUAUAACAUCAGUAUACUAGGUGUCAGUGAAUGCGGAUGGUUAAACAACGGAUCGAUCUCAACGGACACAGGUGAUACCAUAUUGUACUCAGGCCGAACAGACAACAAACACUAUGAGGGAGUUGCUUUAGUACUAAGCAAGGAAGCAAAAAUAGCUCUUCUAGAAUGGCAACCAGUGGAUGAAAGGCUUAUUAUGGCAAGGUUUUACUCAAAAUACUCAAAACUGUCAGUGAUUCAAUGCUAUGCACCUACCAACGAAGCUAGUAUUGAGGACAAGAAUAAGUUUUAUGACAAAUUACAAUCCCUUAUCAGUAAAGUACCAGCACAUGAUUUAUGUCUUGUAAUAUCAGAUUGA